CUACAGACUGAGACGGAGCUGGCACCGAGCGGCGAUACGGGGGGAGGCUGCAGCACUACGGAGGAAAAAACAGCCGAUUCCACCCCAAACACCAGCGGGUUUUCGGUCGCAGUCGUUCGGGCUCGUCUGGGAAAAGGGCCGUGCGGCUGGUAGACCGGGCCGAGUGCGACAUCCAGCAGCGGGCGGGUCGAGGAAAGCUGUGCCCGUUUUUCAACAACCAACUCCCCAGAUGAACUCCGUCAGAGCCACCAACAGGAGACCCAGGCGAGUGUCGAGGCCGCGCCCGGUGCAGCCCGAGCGGAACAACGGGGACAGAGAUGAGGAGGCUCCUGCAGCCGCUGCAGCAGAAAUGGCCAUUGAGGAAUCUGGUCAAGGAGCUCAGAACAGUCCCUACCAGCUCCGACGCAAGACCCUGCUCCCCAAGAGAACCGCUGCUGCCUCUGCCACCGCCUCCGCCUGCCCCAGCAAGAGCCCGAUGGACGGAGCGUCCACUUCAUCGACAGAGGCCUUUGGCCAUCGAGCCAAGCGGGCACGAGUGUCCGGUAAGAGCCACGACCUGCCAGCAGCCCCAGCAGAGCAAUAUCUGCAGCAGAAGCUUCCAGAUGAGGUCGUUUUGAAGAUCUUCUCCUACUUACUGGAACAGGAUCUCUGUCAGGCGGCUUGUGUGUGCAAGAGGUUUAGCCAGCUAGCCAAUGACCCCAUACUAUGGAAGCGUCUGUAUAUGGAGGUGUUUGAGUACACGCGUCCCAUGAUGCACCCUGAACCGGGCAGAUUCUACCAGGUCAGCCCUGAGGAGCAUGAACACCCAAACCCCUGGAAGGAAAGCUUCCAACAGCUGUACAAAGGUGCCCAUGUAAAACCAGGCUUUGCCGAGCAUUUCUACAGUAACCCUGGCAGAUACAAAGGCAGAGAGAACAUGCUGUACUAUGACACCAUUGAGGAUGCACUGGGUGGGGUCCAAGAGGCCCACUUUGAUGGACUAAUCUUUGUUCACUCUGGCAUCUACACAGACGAGUGGAUUUACAUAGAGUCUCCCAUCACCAUGAUCGGUGCAGCUCCUGGUAAAGUAGCUGACAAGGUGGUGAUAGAGAAUACGCGAGACUCGACGUUUGUCUUCAUGGAGGGUUCGGAGGACGCCUAUGUGGGAUACAUGACCAUAAAGUUUAAUCCCGAUGAUAAGUCGGCGCAGCACCACAACGCCCACCACUGUCUGGAGAUCACAGUCAACUGCAGCCCGAACAUCGACCACUGCAUCAUCCGUUCCACCUGCACAGUGGGUUCAGCUGUAUGUGUGAGUGGCCAAGGGGCCUGUCCGACCAUCAAGCACUGCAACAUCAGCGACUGUGAGAACGUAGGCCUUUACAUCACAGACCAUGCACAGGGGAUUUAUGAGGACAAUGAGAUCAGCAACAAUGCGCUAGCAGGAAUUUGGGUGAAAAACCACGGCAAUCCCAUCAUUAGACGUAACCACAUCCACCAUGGACGAGAUGUCGGAGUGUUCACCUUCGACCACGGCAUGGGUUACUUUGAGAACUGUAACAUCCAUAGGAACCGUAUAGCAGGCUUUGAGGUGAAGGCCUACGCCAACCCCACAGUGGUGCGCUGUGAGAUCCAUCAUGGCCAAACAGGAGGCAUCUAUGUCCACGAGAAGGGGCGGGGACAGUUUAUAGAGAACAAAAUCUAUGCUAAUAACUUUGCCGGUGUGUGGAUCACGUCCAACAGUGACCCGACGAUACGGGGAAAUGCUAUAUUCAACGGUAACCAAGGAGGGGUGUACAUAUUUGGAGAUGGACGGGGUUUGAUAGAGAGCAACGAUAUCUAUGGUAAUGCCUUGGCGGGAAUCCAGAUUCGAACCAACAGUUGCCCCAUUGUAAGGCACAACAAGAUCCACGAUGGACAGCACGGAGGCAUCUAUGUGCAUGAAAAAGGCCAGGGGGUGAUCGAGGAGAAUGAGGUUUACAGCAACACGCUGGCCGGAGUGUGGGUGACCACAGGCAGCACUCCGGUCCUCCGCAAGAACCGCAUCCAUAGCGGCAAACAGGUUGGUGUAUAUUUCUAUGACAAUGGGCACGGUGUAUUGGAAGACAAUGACAUCUACAAUCACAUGUACUCGGGUGUACAAAUAAGGACGGGGAGCAACCCAAAGAUCCGGCGCAACAAGAUAUGGGGGGGCCAGAAUGGGGGGAUCUUAGUCUACAACUCAGGUCUGGGCUUCAUCGAAGACAAUGAAAUCUUUGACAAUGCCAUGGCAGGAGUGUGGAUCAAGACGGACAGCAACCCAACGCUGAGAAGAAACAAAAUACAUGACGGCAGAGAUGGAGGCAUCUGCAUUUUCAAUGGAGGCAGAGGUCUGCUGGAAGAGAACGACAUCUUCAGGAACGCUCAGGCUGGCGUGCUGAUCAGCACCAACAGCCAUCCCAUCCUCCGGAAGAACCGCAUCUUUGACGGCUUUGCUGCUGGUAUUGAAAUCACCAACCACGCCACAGCUACGCUCGAGGGAAACCAGAUCUUCAACAACCGCUUCGGAGGCUUGUUUCUAGCCUCAGGAGUCAACGUCACUAUGAAAGAUAAUAAGAUUCUGAAUAACCAGGAUGCAAUUGAGAAGGCGGUGAGCAGAGGACAGUGUCUCUACAAGAUCUCCAGCUACACCAGUUACCCCAUGCACGACUUCUACAGAUGUCACACCUGUAACACGACAGAUAGGAACGCCAUCUGUGUUAACUGCAUCAAAAAAUGCCACCAAGGACAUGAUGUAGAGUUUAUACGGCACGACCGGUUUUUUUGUGACUGCGGCGCAGGAACGUUGUCCAACCCAUGCACGCUGGCCGGCGAGCCCACACACGACACGGACACUCUGUAUGAUUCAGCGCCACCCAUCGAGUCCAACACUCUGCAACAUAACUGAAAGCAUCCCGUCGAGUUACACUCUCUCACAUAAGCAUACAAACACAUUACAUUGCACACGGCCAUGCACACGCACCCACAUACACACUUAAAACACACAUUCACAUACACACAUCCACGUGCAGCCAUAAGUACCCAGAGAGACUCUAUGAUUGUGGCGCUCUCAGACGGGAUCAAGGUGAAAGGCUGCAGAGGAAGCAGCUUCCUGCCCACUGCAGCCCGACUCGCUGCAGCAGAGUCAAGACUCCACUAGAGGGAGCAGUGGAGCUGAGCGUAGACUGACAGAAUGGCCACAAGAGAUUCCUCACCCGAGUAUUUCUUAUUGCAGUCUGUAGGCAGGGAGGAGAAGGGCUAUGCAGAGGGGCUGCCGAUGGCGGCCUGCGCUGUUUUGGCAGCACACGAAAUCCCCCCCCCCACCCCCGAUGUAAAUCCUCGAUUCCCAGCCCUCUUCUUCUUCUUCUUCACAAGAACUGCUGUCAAAGAGACUUCCUGCUUCCUCGCAGCUGCCAUCCCCAUUGGCUGCCCAUGCAGUUGUAACUAGGCAACGGAUGGGAGGAUGUCGCUCUGUUGUGUGUGGAUAAAGAGAAAGAUUGUGUGUGUGUGUGUGUGAUGGAGCACUUGGGCUUUUUUUUUUUUAAAAAGAAGAAAAGGUUCUGAUCAAUGGAUUUUAUUUCAAUGCUUUCUCAUGUAGUUUUGUAUUUUCAAGCAAAGAGCUGACUGUAUUUGAAUGUCUUUUAUUUUAUUAUAUAUUAUUAUAAUUAUUAUUUUUCUUUGGUUAGCGUCCCCCCUCCCCGACACCCAGAGAAACUGCAGAGACUCUGACGUCCCAGUGGUGAAGUUCUUUCUGUGAAAGAGAAUCUCGUUUAACACUAAUGACCCUCUCCAGUAUAUUAGCUUCAAUGGCAGGUGGAGGGACUCCACACUUGUAUAAAGGUGUGUAUGCGCGUGUGUAAAUGUGUGUUGUGUACAGUGAAAGUGUGUGUGUGUGUAUAUGUAUAUGUUUAUAAGUUGAUGCAGUCAGUGUUUUGUGGAGAGGGUUCCAAUAGGAGGUGCCAGAGCUCCUAUUAACUGAAACUGAUGAGUCAAUCUGCAGUACCCCUAUCCCCUACAUCACCCCCCCCCUCCCCCGUGUAUCGUGGUGACUGUGGCUCCUCAUGCAGCCUGAAUCGUAUGCAUGUACCAUAACAUCUAGACUUAAUAUAUUGUGAAGUAUUCAAUAACCAUUAUGUAGAUGCUAGUUGGAAUUCAAAAAGGGGUAUACUUUCUUAGAAAGACAAAAAAAGAAAACAGGAAACUGACCAUUUCUAAGAAAAUAAAACUUUAUUAGAUCA